AUCCCAAAAUCCGAAAAUACUAUAAACAAACAAAUAUCUGCUUUUACUUUUUCCACUGUACCCUUUCAUUGGGAGUGUUCCAGUAAACGGUGGUAGUGGUGGUAGGUGCUGUUAUUCUGGAAAAGCGUAAUCACAAUUCACAAAUUCAAAAGAGAGAGAAACCUCAAACAAUUUUAGAGAGAGAAAGCCAUGGAAACUGUUGAGGAGUUCUUGAGCAAAUGCAAACAAUCUGGUGAUGCAGCUUACAGUGCUCUUCGAUCAGUCCUCGAAAAGCUUGAAAAUCCUAAAACUAGAGUUGAUGCUAGAAUUUUUAUGUCUAAGCUUCAGAAGCAUUUUGAUUCUGCUGCUGUUUCUUCUGAUGAUUGCUUCGCUACUUAUCAUUUCAAAAUCAAUGACAUUCAAUUGGAGCAUUCUUCAGGCUUCCCGCAGAGAAAAAAGUUGACAAUGCUGGUAAUUCCUAGCAUUUUUAUGCCAGAAGAUUGGUCUUUCACGUUUUAUGAAGGGUUGAAUAGGCAUCCAGAAUCCAUCUAUAAGGACAAGAUAGUGGCUGAGCUUGGUUGUGGGAAUGGAUGGAUAACUAUUGCUAUUGCUGAAAAGUGGUCUCCUUCAAAGGUGUAUGGCCUUGAUAUAAAUCCCAGAGCUGUAAAGGUUUCAUGGAUUAACCUAUACUUGAAUGCUUUGGAUGAGAAUGGUCAACCUAUUUAUGAUGGAGAGAAGAAGACUCUAUUGGAUAGAGUAGAAUUUCAUGAAUCUGACCUUCUAGCUUAUUGUAAGGACCAUAACAUAAUGCUUGAAAGGAUUGUUGGCUGCAUACCACAGAUCCUUAAUCCUAAUCCAGAUGCAAUGACUAAGAUGAUUACAGAAAAUGCAAGCGAAGAGUUCCUAUACUCGCUCAGCAACUAUUGUGCACUGCAGGGUUUUGUUGAAGAUCAAUUUGGCUUAGGUUUGAUAGCUAGGGCAGUUGAAGAGGGAAUAUCAGUCAUUAAACCCACUGGGAUUAUGAUCUUUAAUAUGGGAGGCCGUCCAGGACAAGCUGUUUGCAGACGUUUAUUUGAACGGCGUGGCUUCCGUGUUAAUAAGAUCUGGCAAACAAAAGUUAUUCAGGCUGCUGACACAGAUAUUUCAGCGUUAGUUGAGAUUGAAAAAAAUAGCCCACACCGUUUUGAAUUCUUCAUGGGACGUACAGGAGAUCGACCUCUUUGUGCUCGAACAGCUUGGGCAUAUGGGAAGGCCGGUGGUUGUAUCUCUCAUUCUAUUUCUGUUUACAGCUGUCAACUUCGUCAACCUAAUCAGGUUAAAACUAUUUUUGAUUUUUUGAGAGAUGGCUUUAAAGAAAUCAAUAAUUCUUUGGAUUUAUCCUUUGACGAUGAUGCUGUGGCUGAUGAAAAGAUUCCAUUCCUGUCAUAUCUUGCAAGUGUUCUUAAAGAACAUUCCUACCUUCCUUUUGAGUCACCAGCAGGUAGUAAACGGUUUCGAGACCUUGUAGCAGGGUUUAUCAAAACAUACCAUCAUGUUCCACUUACUUCCAAGAAUGUAGUUGUGUUUCCUUCAAGGACUGCAGCAAUUGAGAACGCUUUACGAUUGUUCUCACCAAACCUUGCCAUUGUCGAUGAGCAUUUGACCCGAGACCUUCCUAGGCAAUGGAUGACAUCAUUGGCAAUUGAGAAGAGAGAUUGUAGUGAGGCUUCAGAUAUGGUUACAGUUAUAGAGGCUCCACGUCAGUCUGAUUUGAUGGUUGAGCUGAUUAAGAAGCUGAAACCUCAGGUUGUGGUUACUGGCAUUGCUAGUUUUGAGGCUGUUACUAGUGCAGCCUUUGAGAAUCUGUUGAAUGUUACUAGAGAAAUUGGCUCGCGUCUUUUCUUAGACAUAUCUGACCACUUUGAGCUGUCAAGCCUUCCGAGUUCCAACGGGGUCCUAAAGUAUCUUGCAGGAAAUUCUAUUCCAUCGCAUGCUGCGAUUGUAUGUGGUCUUCUGAAGAAUCAGGUUUAUAAAGAUCUUGAGGUAGCAUUUGUGAUUUCAGAAGAUGAAUCCAUUUUUCGGGCUCUGGCAAGAACAGUUGAACUUCUUGAAGGAAAUACUUCAUUGAUUAGUCAAAACUACUACGGCUGUCUUUUCAACGAGCUGCUUUCCUUUCAGCUAGCUGAUCGACAUCCACCUGCUAUGCGAGAAUGUGAUAAGAAGAGUACCACUAAAUUGAUUGCAUUUGCAAGCUCUGCUGUCUCAGUCUUCAACAAUUCUGAGCUGUCAAUAAGUGAAGAUGACAAUAAGUCUUCCUUGAUUCACAUGGACGUAGAUCAAAGCUUUCUGUCAUUGCCCUCACCAGUAAAGGCUGCUAUUUUUGAAAGUUUUGCUAGGCAGAAUCUCUCAGAGUCUGAGACAGAUGUAAUCAAUGGCAUCAGGCAAUUUAUUAAGACCAGAUAUGGUUUUCCAACAAACAACAGCACAGAAUUCUUGUACUCUGACUAUUCUUUGGGUCUUUUUAACAAGCUGCUACUUAGCUGUAUUCAAGAAAGUGGCACAUUGUGCUUUCCUGCUGGUUGUAACGGGAACUACAUAGCUGCUGCAAAGUUUAUGAAAGCAAACAUUGUUAACAUUCCCACACAGGCGGAUGUUGGAUUUAAACUAACUGCUAGUGUACUGACCGAGGUGCUGGAGUCAGUUGAAAAGCCAUGGCUUUAUAUUUCUGGUCCUACUAUUAAUCCAACGGGGUUGCUUUACAGCAAUGAGGAGCUGGAAGAUAUACUAUCAGUCUGUGUUAAUUUUGGUGCAAGGGUUCUGAUAGAUACUUCUUUCUCAGGGCUAGAAUAUGAUGUCGACAACUGGGAUGCCUGGAACUUGGAGCCCACUUUAUCGAAGUUCUAUUCCUCUCACGAUUUAACUUUUUGUGUGUCUUUGCUUGGAAGUUUAUCGCUUGAGAUGCUUGCUGGAGGGCUGACCUUUGCUUUCCUUGCGGUAGAUCGAUCUUUACUUACUGAAACAACUAAUGGCUUUGCCGGUCUAACCAAACCUCAUAGUACCACUAGAUAUGCUAUGAAGAAGUUGUUAGCUCAGACUGAGCAAGAAGCUGGUAACCUUUCUGAAUCUGUUGCAGAACACAAAGGGAUUUUGAAAAAGAGGUCGCAGCGCUUGAGGGAGACAUUACAGAACUGUGGAUGGGAAGUACUUCCGUCCCAAGGGGGUGUCUCCAUGGUGGCAAGGCCAUCUGAUUAUCUUGGGAAGCUUGUUAAACUCGAAAAUGAUGAUGGUCAAAAGACCGAACUUGGAGACUCUACUAUUCGAGAAGCCAUUUUAGCAGCCACUGGCUUAUGCAUCAAUAGUGGUUCGUGGACUGGAAUUCCAGGUUACUGCCGCUUCACAAUCGCUUUACAAGAAGAUGAAUUUGAGCAGGCACUGGAUCGCAUCGCUAAAUUCAAAGAUUUCAUCGCUUAAGUACUGAGAUUAUGCCCAAGUUCAUUCUUAGCCUACAAUAAAUGUGCAUUAGUAUGACUUAGGUGUCAUGCUCAGAUUUGAGUACAUAUUCUUGGUUGAAAUUCCAUGCAGGCAAGAAGGAAAAAAAAAUAUAUGUCAAUGGCCUGGUUUAAACUUUCAUUCCUUGCUGCUGUGAUAUGUAUUGUUUUUUUGGGUCUGGUUUUUAUAGACAGAUUUCUAAAUA